CUUGAACUGCCUUGAAGCUUUCCACCUUCCUUUUGAUGAAUUUACCCCCAGCUUCCAUCCUUUUCCUUCCUAGCAAGUUCCAGAAAUUGUCUCAGGUUUUAGGCCUCUGAUUUUCCCUGUGUGUGUUCACAACUGUCCCUUUAUCGUGUUGCAUUUUAGGGAGAUCCCAGGGCAUUGGGGUUUUUUUUCAGUACUUUAUUUUCAGCUGUGAAUUCAGUGCUUUGUUCCUCUCCUGGGUGCUGCAGCACAGUUUGAUCUGGAUUAUUCCAAGAGGUCGUGUUUGUUCUUAAAUGCUGUAAAUAGAGCUGUUCCCUGUCCCAUUCCAUCGCCCUGCUGAGUUGGUAGCUCCUGAUACACGCAGGGAGGUGUCAGUAACAAACGAGCAGGAGGAUAAUGAGCUUUUAACUGCACAACUGUGUUUUCCUGCAGGCAAAUGCCAGCGAUUUAAAGACUUUCCUUUCAGCCCUGAGACUGGCUCACCAAGGCACCGACGCCGGAGUUCUCCCUCUCUCCCCUCUGGUCCCGGCAAAGAACUCGGAAGUGGAAAAACCCAAGACGAAAAUGAUCAUAACUUCCAGGAGGGACUAUCCCCUCACCAAGAGCUUCCCUUACUCCCUGGAACACCUGCAGACCUCCUACUGCAAGCUGGCCCGGGUCGACACGCGCGUGCUCUGCCUGAAGAAGCUCCGGAAGCUGGACCUGAGCCACAACCACAUCAAGCAGCUGCCGGCGACCCUCGGGGACCUGGUGUGUCUGCAGGAGCUGGACCUGCACGACAACCACCUGGAGUCCUUCAGCGGGGCCCUGUGCUGCUCCAGCCUGCAGAAAUCCCUGCAGUUCCUGGACCUGAGCCAGAACCGGCUCCGAGCGCUGCCCCUGGAGUUCUGUGAGCUGCGGGGGCUGGUCACUGUGAAGCUGGAUGACAACGAGCUGGUGCGGCUGCCCUGCAGGGUCGGGCAGCUCAGCCGCCUGCGCUUCCUGUCGGCCGCGCGCAACAAACUGCCCUUCCUGCCCAGCGACUUCAGGAGGCUCUCCCUGGAGAACCUGGACCUCUUUGGGAAUCCUUUUGAGCAGCCCAACCCGCUGGUGCCCAACAUCCAGCUGAAAAUCCCAUUGACUUUGUUGGAGUGUGCUGCCAGAGCCACCAUAAAUCACAGAAUCCCUUACGGUUGCCAUCUCCUUCCUUCCCACCUUUGUGAGGAUCUGGGAGUGGCUAAAACCUGCCAGUGUGGAAGUGCCUGCCUGAGCAGCUUCAUCCAGAUCACGGUGACCAUGAACCUGCACCACGUGGCUCACACCGUGGUGCUCGUGGACAACAUGGGAGGGACGGAUGCUCCCAUCCUCUGCUACUUCUGUUCCCUGCACUGCUAUUCCCAGUUCCUGGACAGGCACCUCCAGAGCAACGGGUGACCACUGCUGGGUGCCAAAGCUCUGCCCAACAGAGAUCAAACAUCCCUCUGGCAGUGAGGGGACACAUCAGCCUGACCCGGUGCCUGACUCUGCCUCCACCACCGGAAUGUCCCUGUGGUCGGAAUGACGAGCGAUGCGGAGCUCCAACGAACCUCCCCUAGAAUGUGUUUUGCUUUCCUUUUCCUGUUCCCAGGCUUUGCUCGGAGCGUCACGGCAGCUUUCCGAGUUCUGUGGAGUAAGGGGUUCCUCCUUGGGAGUUUAUCCCACACUUACUCGCAGGUGAUGCCCUGAGCUCUGCCCAUGGACAGUGUCUGCGUUGGCUUCCUCGCUGGACUCGGCUCUUUCCAGCUGUUUCACAUGGAGGAGAAAUUAAGGCCCAAACCGGUUAUGUAAUUCCAGGUGCUUCUUUUUUUUUUUUAAAGGUUCUCUUACAACAUUCCCACUUCCAGCAGGGACCAGCAUUGCUGGUUUUUUACCAGAGCAAAUGGUUUUUUUGGGGGGGUUUAUCUCUUUGUGAUACGAGAAAUGUCUUUUUUUUUCUCUAAGUAUGUGCCAGAAACUUUGUCUCUUAACUCUGGUGUUUUAACGAUUCUUGAAUUUGUUUCACUGUGUCGACUUAUUAAAUUUUGAAACCCUUCUA